AUGGAUCCACGUUAUGAACUGAAAAAUGGGGCGAACAAAAUAACCGCAGUAGUAUUUCCACAAAUCGAGCAACUAGGUACAGUGAAGGUGGAAAAUAGUGGGGCAGUGGUCAGUCUCAUGAAAGCUUUCAUAUUGUGCACUACCAUCAUUGGUUACUCUCAUGGAUCUGGAUUAAGUUUUGAUGGUCUAUCUCUUGGAGGUCAUUAUGGCGGUUUUGAUUUAGGAGGUCAUUAUGGAGGUAGUCUCACUCUAGGAGAAAUUUCAGUUCAUCAUGGAGACGAAUUACCGGCCAUAGAUUUAGGGGGAGGUCACUUAGGAGGUGGCUGGGAUUCUGGAAUAUCUCUUGGUGGUCACGGUGGUUAUGGUGGUUAUGAUGGUCAUGGAUUAAAUUUUAUUCCUUCCGUCAAACAUAUUGGUGUACCAGUGGUGAAAAAUGUUCCAAUCAACAUUCCUAAACUAAUGGUGCAAACGGAGCCUCAACCAUAUCCUGUAAACGUUUUUGUUCCUAAACCUGUACCAUACGAAGUAGUAAAACCAGUGAUUACGAAAGUUGAGAAGAAAGUUCCAACUCCGGUCGAAAAGAUAGUACCUUAUAAAAUUGAAAAACCAGUACCUUUUAAAGUAUACAAACAUAUUCCUGUACCAGUAUUAAAACCAAUACCGAUCAAGAUACCGAUUUAUAAAACAAUAAUAAUAAUUUUGGCUUUAAUCGGCUCAUCCUUCGCCGGUCAUUACGAUGAAGAUCACGGUCAAUCAACUUACGAAGAAAAAUCAAAGACAGUUGAAAUACCAAUUUACAAAAAAUAUGCUAUUCCAAUACCACAUCCGGUGCCGGUAGAAAUCCCUCAAGAAAUCAAAAUACCAAUACCUCAACCUUAUCAAGUGCCGGUUGAAAUUCCUCAACCUUAUCCUGUCGAAGUUGUCAAGCAAGUUGAAGUACCUGUAGAGAAACCGGAACCUUAUGUCGUCGAAAAACAUGUUCCUUACGUAGUAGAAAAACCAUAUCCAGUUUACGUCGAAAAGAAAUUUCCGGUUCCAGUAGCGAAACCUUAUCCUGUUCACGUUCCAAUUUACAAACAUGUAUUUCACCACACGUCAAAGGGCAAGGGAUGUAUCAAAGAGACGGUGAAACAUACUACGAACGGAUUUGCGAGAGUAUCUUCGCGCAAGUCUUUUGGAACGAUGAAACUUUUAAUUUUAGCCACAAUAGUGGCUGCUGUCUGGGCUGGUUAUGAAGAGGAUCAUGGUGGUUCUACGUAUCACGAAACUUCCAAACCCGUGGAAAUACCGAUUUAUAAAAAAUAUGCUAUACCGAUUCCACACCCGGUUCCAGUAGCAAUACCACAACAAAUUAAAGUACCGAUACCGCAACCGUAUCAAGUACAGGUACCAGUGCCACAUCCGGUCCCCGUGGAAGUUGUUAAACACGUUGAGAUUCCUGUAGAAAAACCUGAACCAUACGUGGUUGAAAAGAAGGUACCAUACGUGGUUGAGAAACCAUAUGCAGUAACUGUCGAGAAACAUUUUCCAGUACCGAUACCAAAACCAUAUCCUGUACAUGUGCCAGUUUAUAAGCACGUUUUUCAUCAUCAAAGUAAAGGACAUCAUGGUUGGAAGCACCGUUAA